UUAAUUUGGGGCGGUGGUGGAUGAAAAGGAAACAGGGAAUUAUAGUGUCAGGGUUGUGGAAGAUGGAGGAAAUGGGGGUGUUGUCCAGAUUUGGAGUGGUCGUGCCUGCUGAGGGACGGAGCCAGAGCUGAGGGACUCGGUCUCUCCCGCCUCCCAGCUGCCCGCCACCGGCCCCCGCUUCCUGAGCGUGCAAUCAUGAAGGUGGUGAACCUGAAGCAAGCCAUUUUGCAAGCCUGGAAGGAGCGGUGGAGUGACUACCAGUGGGCAAUCAACAUGAAGAAAUUCUUCCCCAAAGGAGCCACGUGGGACAUUCUCAACCUAGCAGAAGCACUGCUGGAGCAGGCCAUGAUCGGACCUUCCCCCAAUCCUCUCAUCCUGUCCUACCUGAAGUAUGCCAUUAGCUCUCAGAUGGUGUCCUACUCCUCUGUCCUCACAGCUAUCAGUAAGUUUGAUGACUUUUCCCGUGACCUGUGUGUCCAGGCGUUGCUAGAUAUCAUGGACAUGUUUUGUGACCGACUAAGCUGUCAUGGCAAAGCAGAGGAGUGCAUCGGGCUGUGCCGGGCCCUUCUCAGCGCCCUCCACUGGCUGCUGCGCUGCACUGCAGCCUCUGCCGAGCGGCUCCAGGAGGGGCUGGAGGCUGGCACUCCAGCUGCGGGGGAGAAGCAGCUUGCCAUGUGCCUGCAGCGCCUGGAGAAGACCCUCGGCAGCACCAAGAACCGGGCCCUGCUCCACAUCGCCAAACUAGAGGAGGCCUCAUUGCAUACAUCCCAGGGACUUGGGCAGGGUGGCACCCGAGCCAAUCAACCAACAGCCUCCUGGACAGCUAUUGAACAUUCUCUUUUGAAGCUUGGGGAGAUCUUGGCCAAUCUCAGCAACCCCCAGCUCCGGAGCCAGGCUGAGCAGUGCGGCACACUCAUUAGGAGCAUCCCCACGAUGCUGUCCGUGCACUCCGAGCAGCCGAACAAAACUGGCUUCCCCACAGUCCACGCACUGGUCCUGCUCGAGGGCACCAUGAACCUGACAGGCGAGACCCAGCCCCUGGUGGAACAGCUGAUGAUGGUGAAGCGCAUGCAGCAUAUCCCCACCCCACUUUUUGUCCUGGAGAUCUGGAAAGCUUGCCUCGUGGGCCUCAUCGAGUCUCCCGAGGGUACGGAGGAGCUCAAGUGGACGGCUUUCACCUUCCUCAAGAUUCCACAGGUUUUGGUGAAGUUGAAGAAAUACUCUCAUGGGGACAAGGACUUUACCGAAGAUGUCAAUUGUGCCUUUGAGUUCCUGCUGAAGCUCACACCCUUGCUGGACAAAGCUGACCAGCGCUGCAACUGUGACUUUACAGACUUCCUUCUUCAGGAAUGUAGGAAGCAGGGGCUUCUGUCUGAGGCCAGUGUGAACAACCUUAUGACCAAGCGUGCAGCAGACCGGGAGCACGCACCCCAGCAGAAAUCGGGAGAGAACGCCAACAUCCAGCCCAAUCCUGGGCUGAUCCUCCGAGCGGAGCCCACUGUUACCAACAUCCUCAAGUGUUCUUCAGGACUUGAUUUCCUGUCGUGUCCCCAGACGAUGGAUGCAGACCACUCCAAGUCCCCGGAGGGGCUGCUGGGGGUCCUGGGCCACAUGCUGUCUGGGAAGAGUCUGGACUUGUUGCUGGCUGCAGCCGCUGCCACUGGGAAGCUUAAGUCCUUCGCCCGGAAAUUCAUCAAUUUGAACGAGUUCACGACACACGGCAGCGAAGAAAGCACCAAAUCGGCCUCCGUCCGAGCCUUGCUCUUCGACAUCUCCUUCCUCAUGCUGUGCCACGUGGCCCAGACCUAUGGCUCCGAGCUGGUUUGCACCAGGGCAGGUGCCCCCACUCGGCUGGUGACUCGCCUCCUCUCCCAGGUGAUCCUGUCUGAGUCGAGCGCAGGGGCAGAGGUGCCCUUCUUUGAGACCUGGAUCCAGACCUGCAUGCCCGAGGAGGGCAAAAUCUUGAAUCCUGACCACCCCUGCUUCCGGCCGGACUCUACCAAAGUGGAGUCCCUAGUGGCCCUGCUCAACAACUCCUCCGAGAUGAAGCUGGUGCAGAUGAAUUGGCACGAGGCCUGUCUCAGCAUUUCAGCCGCCAUCUUGGAAAUCCUCAACGCCUGGGAGAACGGGGUGCUGGCCUUCGAGUCCAUCCAGAAAAUCACAGAUAAUAUCAAGGGGAAGGUAUGCAGUCUGGCAGUGUGUGCUGUGGCUUGGCUGGUGGCCCACGUGCGGAUGCUGGGGCUGGAUGAGCGGGAGAAGUCGCUGCAGAUGAUCCGCCAGCUGGCGGGGCCAUUGUACAGUGAGAACACCCUGCAGUUCUACAAUGAGAGGGUGGUGAUCAUGAGCUCGAUCCUGGAGCACAUGUGUGCUGAUGUGCUGCAGCAGACGGCCACGCAGAUCAAGUUCCCGUCCACGGGCAUGGACACGAUGCCCUACUGGAACCUGCUGCCCCCUAAGCGACCCAUCAAGGAGGUGCUGACUGACAUAUUUGCCAAGGUGCUGGAGAAGGGGUGGGUGGACAGUCGCUCCAUCCACAUCUUUGACACCUUGCUGCACAUGGGAGGCGUCUACUGGUUCUGCAACAACCUGAUUAAGGAGCUGUUAAAGGAGACGCGGAAGGAGCACACGCUGCGGGCGGUGGAGCUGCUCUACUCCAUCUUCUACCUGGACAUGCAGCAGGUGACCCUGGUCCUGCUGGGCCACAUCCUGCCUGGCCUGCUCACCGACUCCUCCAAGUGGCACAGCCUCAUGGACCCCCCUGGCACCGCACUCGCCAAGCUAGCCGUCUGGUGUGCCCUGAGUUCCUAUUCCUCCCACAAGGGACAGGCAUCUUCCCACCAGAAGAAGAGACACCGUGAAGACAUCGAGGACUACAUCAGCCUCUUCCCCUUGGAUGACAUGCAGCCCUCGAAGCUGAUGCGCCUCCUGAGCUCCAAUGAGGAGGAUGCCAACAUCCUUUCCAGUCCCGCCGACCGGUCCAUGAGCAGCUCCUUGUCAGCCUCCCAGCUCCACACAGUUAACAUGAGAGACCCACUGAACCGAGUCCUGGCCAACCUGUUCCUGCUCAUUUCCUCCAUCCUGGGCUCGCGGACGGCUGGCCCCCACACGCAGUUCGUGCAGUGGUUCAUGGAGGAGUGUGUGGACUGCCUGGAGCAGGGCAGCCGGGGCAGCAUCCUGCAGUUCAUGCCCUUUACCACCGUAUCAGAACUGGUGAAGGUGUCAGCCAUGUCCAGCCCCAAGGUGGUUCUGGCCAUCACGGACCUCAGCCUGCCCCUGGGCCGCCAGGUGGCUGCCAAGGCCAUUGCUGCCCUCUGAGGGGCUUCGAAUGGCCGCAGGGCCCCCGCAGGGAGGGUCUAGCCUCAGGCGCCUCGAAAGGGAACAGUGCGGAAAGAUGAGGCAUCAUUGCUCACAUCCACAUGAUGUAAGCCCUUUGCCAGCUUCCAGAUCCCUCCCCGUCCCUGACUUCUGGCUGCUAAGAUGCCCCCCAUCUCUUUCAUUAUUUCCUCUCCCUGCUGCCAGCACCUGACGAGUGUGAGCAGCCUGGCUCCUUAGCUCAGGACGGUCUCCCCGCACUGCACCCGCUCCUGUGCUCCCUGCCUCCUCCCAAGAGGCACUUAGGUGCGGAGUGUGCAUAUGUAUGUAUCUGUGUAUUUAAACAUGUUUGCAACACAUGAGGGACGUUCACGUCAGCUCACUUGUAAAUAAAGAUCCUGUGGAUCCCUUUGUAAGUGC